UGGCAUUUGUGCCAUGAAAGCUCUGAAGUAUAGAAGCUGCUCCAGGGCUUCCGCAGCCCCGGCCGUCCUGGAGAUAUUCGUUUCCUGGCGUCUGUGUCGAGAAUUUACAGCACCUGGACAGCCACGUGCAGUUUCAGAACUGCAGGCGGUCUUUACCGAAAUGUUAAACACAACUUGAAGUUAGGCAGGAUAACUGCCAGAGCUGGAUGGACCUUAGAGGUGCCAGCUAACGCGCUGUGAGCGCUUUCUGCGGUUAGGCCUGCUCUAAACGUUUGACGUGUUAAAGCAUUUAUGUGCUUUACCCACACCCCUAUGUGGCGGGCCCUUCUUACAGUAAAAGAAACUGCAGCACAGCGAAGUUAAGCAACUUGCCCCAAAUCACGCAGAACUGGGAUGCAAACCCAGGUCUAGCUCACUCGUGAUCACAGUCAUACGAUGUUGCUGAUUUCCAGAGCAGCAGCUCUGUGACUUUAUAUAAAAUUAUUGGGCAAGCGUUCAAUUGUAAACAUUCGUGAACAUAGCUGUUACACAUUAGCGUUCCUUUUUUUUUUUUUUUUUAAAUUCAGGACCAUCUUUGGUGACAAAUAUCAAUACUAUAUACAUCACCAAUAUACAUACUUGCUUUGCUAAAAUGUUUGUGUCUUCAGGAUAGUUUACUUGCAAGCCCCAUGUUUUUAUAAAAAGGGGGGUGCUACCUGAAUAAAACUAAUGCCUACCCCUCGGUGGUUUUGUGAAGACUAAUGAACUAUUAUAUUCAAAGCAGUAGGCAUUUACUGAAGGACAGCUAGUUUUAUCUAUUAUUCUGCCAUUCAGAGAGAUACCAAAACUACUCUCUAAGGCAUUUCUCUUCCCUGCUCGUAAAAGCAAGGGUGUCAUACUUCAGAUAAGCAUUCUGAUAAUGUGUAGGCAAAGUUUCCACACUUGGUAAAAGCACCUUAGUCAUGGCUCAAGAGGAGUGACAAGUUACCAUAUAUUUGCAGUUCAAGGAGAAUAUGAGAUAGAGAAGAAAGCUGUGAAUGAAUUUCAUUUGAUUAGCAAUAGAUUGGACACUCUACUGAUCUUGCCUCUCUACAACCUCUUUUCCACCUGACCUCUAAAUGUUGAAGUGCUUCAGGAAUUGUCUUAGACCUUCUUCCUUAUCUACACUUCCUCUCCAACAUGAAUCUUGAUGGCUGUGCACAAGAUCCUGAAAAGAGGGAAUAUUCUUCUGUCUGUGUGGGCAGAGAAGAUGACAUUAAAAAAUCUGAAAGAAUGACAGCUGUUGUCCAUGAUAGAGAAGUGGUGAUUUUCUACCACAAGGGAGAAUAUCAUGCUAUGGAUAUUCGCUGUUACCACUCAGGAGGACCUUUACAUUUGGGAGAUAUAGAGGAUUUUGAUGGACGACCGUGUAUAGUUUGCCCCUGGCAUAAAUACAAAAUUACUUUGGCAACAGGAGAAGGUCUGUACCAGUCUGUAAACCCUAAAGAUCCAUCAGCAAAACCCAAGUGGUGCUCCAAAGGAAUAAAGCAGAGGAUUCACACAGUGACAGUAGACAAUGGAAAUAUUUAUGUGACUCUUUCUAAUGAACCUUUUAAGUGUGACUCUGAUUUUUAUGCCACUGGAGACUUCAAAGUAAUUAAGAGUUCUUCCUGAUAAAAAAUAUAUAGAAAUGAAAAAUAUUGUGUAUGCUUGAAAACAUUUUUAGAAUAACUCUGCUUCAGUUUUAAAGGUGAUGAAACUUUUCAACAUAGGCACAACUAUUUAAAAUUCAUAUACAUUUGAGAGGUUUAAGAGCACACAUACUUAGUAUGAUGUAAGGAUUAUCAGGAUCAAUAGAAUACAUUUUAUCGAAUCUUCUGGAUUAAUUAGAACCUGAAAGUUAUAGGUUUGGGAUGUUCUGUUUAAGAAGGAUGAAAAUAAAUUUGGAGUAAACAAAUAAUAGGUAAAAAUUAAGGCUUAGUAAGAAAAAUUUUUUUAAUUUAAAAAAUUUAGUUUUUAAAAUAGGAAAAAAAAAUCCCUGUUUGAUGUAGCAGACUUAAUUCUGGAAAAGUUUUAGUAUAUACAAAGUAAACAGACUAUGUAAUGAACUUCCAUCACUCAGCUUUAACAGUUAUCAGCAUUCUUCCAUUCUUGUUUUAUUUAUACCUCUAUGGAUUCCCUACCUCUCCUAUUUGAUUGUUAUUUUUACAUUUUUAGGAAAGUUUAAAUGCAUUGAAAUGUUCACAUCACAUCUGAACUGUGCAACUUUCCUAAAUGACGUAACAGACUUUUUGUACUUAAAAAAUGCCUCCAAAAAUGAGAUAAGUUUACCUGCUGAACUUGAAAAUAAGAAACUUAACCACUGUUAAGUGAUCUGUGAUUGAGGCAGAUCUUGAAGUAAGGAAGCCAGACACAGCCGCUGCCCAGCCAUGAGAGAUGUAAAGUCUCCUAUUCAGUGAGCCAAUGUUCUUUGAAUGCCUAUAUGAAAUUUUCAAAUAAAGAUUUUUAAGAACGUUUUAGAACUUUGUGAAUGUAUGCACAACUAAGUGUCUCCUAUAAAUAUUAUAGAGAGGAGAUCUAGGGUUUUGUUACUUGGAGUUCCCAGGCAAGCUUGAUGUUCAGUUGGUUCACCCUGGUUUUAUCAUGUCAGUUAUUUAUGGUCAGUACCGUUCAGUUGCCUGGUGCUCAUACCAUACCAGUUGUAAUGUAUUUAAAAUAACACCCCAAGCACCCACCAUGCAAAAAUCAGCAGCACAUAGUGGUGAUUUUUGCAUGGUCAGUGCUCAUGCAAAAAUCACCACUAUGUGGGACCAGAAAUAGCUAAAAUGAGUAGAUGAUGAAUUCAGAGUGAGAAGAACUGUCAAGAUUGGAACCUAGUCUCAAAGCACAGUAGUAUUUUUAGAGGAAUAGAAUUAAGAAUCUAAAUCUAAUUAAUACUUAACAUUCUAAGGAGCCGACCUGGACUCUUUCCCUUGGUUAUUAUAAAAAUAGUAAAUAAGUAAGGUCUGUAUAGUAAAGACUCUGCUUACAGGGUCUUUACUACAUAUUGUUACACUUCCUUUUCUGUUGGAGUUUGGAUAGCGUGAGUAGCACUUGGUCCUCAUUUCUCAGACAACCAACGAACCAGACUUGGGCUUCUUAUAGAUACUGUUUGUGGUAGCAGCUACUCACUAAGUACAGAAAAUGUACCAUCUCUCAGGAAGGUACAUCCCAGUCUAUUCUAUCAUGUGAUAAUCCUUCAAUGCCCAGUCAGGUCUUAACACGUGUCCAGAAUAUAAAGUGUAUAGAAGAAAUCAGAGUACUUUCUUCAGGCAAAAACUGUAGCCCUGGUUUGCAGGAAUAAUUACAGAAAUAUUUUCUCAUAGGAGCCACUGGCAAUAAUGAGUAGUGUGCACUUGAUUUUUCAUUCUAAAUUUGUAUCUCUAAAUCUAGAAAUAAAAAUCAUAUCAUGUACUGUCUUCAUAUACAGAAAUCUUCUCAUCACAUUUGUAAAUAAUAUUUUGUUUUAUAAAUUUAUGACAUCUGUGAAUUGCAAAUCCUUCAUAACUUUACAAGUGAUUUACAAAAUAAUAAUACGCAGACUCAAACUCUCCAGUCUGCAUAUAAAAAAUAAAUAUUCUUUUAUUUUGAUAUGCAGCAUCUUGAUGGGGCUUUUUUUUCUCCCAAGUAAAGAAUUAGACACUCAAAACAAGUCUUUAAUAAAAACAUUAAUGUAUUAUAAAUAUGCUUAUAUUAUAAACCACAGUGUAAAGUCUAACCUACCAGAGGAUGGAUUUUCUUGUUCAUUAAAAGUAUGUAGUCAGUACAUAUAUUCCACAUCAAUAUUCAUUUUAUUUACUCUAUCAUGUAAAUACUAGAAAAUGACAUUUUAAUAGUAGCCCCCUUCUCUUUUUUUUUUAAGAAAGCAGAGCAAUUCAGAAUAUGUAAACUAGACUCUGAGUUUUGUCAGAUGAAAUCUGCCAUUAAAUAGAUAACUCUUAAGUUCUGUUCAGUGAUAUCUGUAUUCAGAUUUGCUCAUCCAUUUCAGCUGAUUGGUCAAACACAGAAUGUAAAACUUGGAUGUUAUUACUCUGCUUAUUAGCAAGAAACUUGGGGUAAUCUGAAAUGUCGGGCUUCUCCGGCAAUGACCUAUAAGGUUUUGCUUUGAUUUCACCUUCAGCAAACAUAGGCUCCGAAAGCACAGGCUCAGAAAAGGCUUUUCUACAAUUUUCACUCUCCUCUCUGUUUUGCCUUAUGGAUUCUUCUUCCUGGAAGAUGUUCUUUACCUUCUCCAGCACAGCAUUAACACAGACUGCC